AUGCGUGUCAACUUUAUCUCUUUCGUGGCUCUAGCCACUACAGCUACAGCUCUCCUUGUCACUUCGCCACGAAUUGGUGAAAAGAUUGACCCCGAUAUGCCCCUUACUAUCAAGUGGCAGACUGUCGCAACGGACCCAGAUACCUUCACCAUCGAGCUGGUCAACCAAAAUGUCUAUCCUCCGACAACAGAGGUGGUGGUAGAAGAUAUAGACUCUUCCAAGGGCUCCUACACCGUCAAAGCAAAGUCAUUUACAGGUGUGGACGACGGAAAGGGAUAUCAAAUCAACUUCGUCUCUCCAACCAGUGGCAUUCUGGCUCAGUCUCAGCAAUUCCGAGUCACCGAGCCCGGUGCACUUGCUAGUAGCUCUGGUAAGGAAACCAGCACUGCGCUUGAAACUUCGUCUGCUUCGUCUUUGAUGUCUUCCACCGCGUCGACCAGUGAUCUUACUUCGACUCCUUCCUCGAAUGCUUCCUCUUAUCUGUCUUCGACCGCUCACUCCUCCACCAGUGCGUCUACCCCUACCUCGUCCCAUUAUUCUUCUGCUUCUUCUAUCUCCACCCCUACAACAUCUUCUCUUAUAACCAGCUCUGCAAACCUUGCUUUCUACCUUGACGCUUACCACUCCCACUUCUUCUUCAGUCUCUUCUAUCUCUACACUGGCAACCUCUUCCUCACUCUAUUCUACAUCUACACCUUCAACCUCUUCUUUCAUUACAACGUCAUCCUCCAUUAUAUCCACCUCUGCUACCCAGACUACUUCUACUUCCAUUAUCACUUCGUCUAUGUCACCUACCAGAUCCACACAUUCCAUCUCGACUCUCAUAUCAAGCACUAUCUCUCCUACAUCCCAUUCUACCCAUAUUUCCACUACCCCUGGUUACAUGUCCACCGCUACCCAUUCGAGCACCACAACUUCGACAACUACUCGCCGCACGUCUUCGACUACAACCUCCACUGCUACGGAGUCGGCAACUACUACCACUAA